AUGCGGUUUCCUGCCGGAAAGUUUCGGCUUUUCUUCUUCCUCAUCAUCAUUUUCGGUCUGAUCAAUCAGCUGGUCUUGUUUCAUAUCUCCUCGGUCGAUCGUCUUCCUCGCGAUGUUACCCAGCUCAGGAUGUCGAGGGCUCCCGACAUGCUCUGCCAGAACCUGUCUCGCCUGUUUGUGCUCGAACCUGCUCGAGGAGUAGACUCCCAGGAACUUCCAGACAUGCCGAUCAACGCAGACGAUUUGCAAAGAGCGAUGGCAAGCCACAUUGAACAGCAGGAGGCGAGGAACCUGAUGAGAACGCUCAAGACGCGGCUGAUCAAAUAUAGCAACACAACAAUGAACAUGAUAAGCUAUCAUGCGAUCGCUCAUCUUUGCCAUUUCAAGAGGAUGGAUCAGGCACGCUACAACACAGGGGUCAAGGUUGGAGUUGUAACGCUGUGUAGAAAUGAAGAAUACGCGAUCACGUUUGUGGUAGCCGCAUUGCUCCCGCAUGUCGACCUCUACAUUCUGAUUGACACGGGGUCCGAAGAUUCGACUGUGCAUGUCGUGGAAUCUUUCUUCAAGGAGGAGAUUUCCUCGGGCAAGCUGGUUUUCCUCAAGCAGAGCAUCGGAACAGACGUGUCUGCAGCCAGGAACGCUGCUCUGCAGAUCCUGAGGAAACAUCGCUGUGACUACGUGUUGAAGGUCGAUGCCGAUGAUGUGUUUUACGACCAAGGAGCGUCGGCUCUGGUCAGCGCGCUCAAGACCGCGACUCCUCCUGACGUCUACAUGCUGUGGGUGCAUCAGUACGAGCUUGUUCAAUCGCAAGUGUCGGAGACUCUACCAUGGCUCUCGUCCUUCAGUGCAGGGGACGAGGACAAGGGGCAGGGGCGCAUGCUGUUCCGUCGGCUGGGCCAUCUUUCCUUCGGGCAUGACAGGGUGUUCAAAGUAGAGAAUACCAUCCAUGCCAAAGGUCGAUGGCUGGACGAGUCUAAAGGUCUCAGGGCCGAGAACUUCUACUACGAGAGCAGAGCCAAACUCAGUUUCUUCGUCUCGGACGCUCCGGUCAUGGUGCACUAUGGCUGGGCGAGGCCGGUGAACCGACUUCGUCUGAAGCUGCUGCUGUGGGACGAGUGGGUGCCAUGUUGCUGUCGAGCCCCGGGGAGACCAGAGCCGCAAGUUGGGGCCUGCGAGGACAGCAGGUGCAUCGACUGCCGGGGGCAGCUCAAGGUUGGAGGUUUGGAAGAGCACUUGCAAGACAGGAUCCUCCGCCGCUUUCAGGGGCUUGCUGGAAACGCAUCGUCGUAUCGGGGGCUGAUGGAGUUCGCUCGGCACCCGGAGGUCUUGGGACGUCUGGUGAAGAAUGUCUCGCUGUUCUUGCAAAGAGAUCGAGAGGAGAAGAUUGCUCUCUACAAACGAAAGAUUCCUCACAAGUGCUCGAGUUUCUCAGAUGUCAUGUUCGAUUCUCUGCCUCGAAGGCAUUUCACCGAUCCUGCCUGCAUCAUCAGCAUGGAAGGGGGAGAGCGUACACGGAAAGCGGAGAGUUUGUGCACAUGUUUGUGUAAUCGUUCUGUUGAUCCCAUCAUCUUCGACCCCGAGGAUCUGUCGGGUAGCAACCAGAGGUUUGGAUCUCAGUCAGACGGCUUUACAAACACGAGUCACCUGUUUAUCAUAACGGAUAGCAAGCCCGAUCCCAAACAUGCUAUGGAGGACUGGAUCAAGCUACGAUCGACAAGAUGUUCAGUCUCUGCAGACGACGAGCUUCUGGUCAACCUGAGCACGAUCCAAGCCUUGGCAGCUGUCACGUGCUCAGGUACUGCUGGGGUCCUUGUCUGCAGCUUAAACGAAGCUUCUGAGUUGAGGCAGAGCUUGACUACUCCUUGUACGAUAUGA